AUGGCGGUCGCCGUGGACAAGAUGACGGUGCAGGACAAGCUCCUUCUGGCUCAGGCCGUCUACAAGACUGGAGCAUCGAAUUGGACGGUCGUCAUGCCUGCUAGGCUGACAGUCAGGCCGGCUCCCGACGGUUCGAAACCCCAAGCCAAGGUUCAUUUGCAGCUCGCGCAAACGUUCUACGUCGCCCGCAUGCAGGAGUUGAAGGAUAAAAUCAUGGGAUAUGAGGCUCGGUUCACGGAGCUUAUGAGCGACAUCAAUGGAAUCAAAGCCGGAGAGAUCGACGACAAGAUUCAAGCCGAGAUUCGUGCCGCUCUUAACAGGAAGUAUGGCAAGAAACUCGUUGACAGCUGGGUCCCGGAUCCCGCGGAGGUGAAGAAAGUCGCCGAGGCUGGUCCAGAGUCUGCGAAGACUCCUGAACCGGCAACCGAGCCUGCCAUUCAGAAGGACUCGGAGGACGAGAAGCCGGGAGAGAGCGCAGACGCCGACAAAGCUGGUGCUGAGGAGUCAGCGGAAAAACGAGAAGCUGAAGCCGCGGAAGCUGCUCCAGUUGAGACCGAACCGACGCCGACAGAAGUCACACCGAACGAACCUGAAGCCAUGGACGUCGACGAGGCCCCAGAGGCUCCCACCAAGGAGCUCACCGCGGAACCCGAAGGAGACGCUCAGGAAGCUUCUGCUGGCCAGUCCGCUGAGGGGACGGCCGAGGCUUCCACGGUAGAGCGCAGCCAGGAGCCGGAAAAGGAGCCGACCGCUGAGCCAACGACAGCCGAGGACGAGGCUAAGGUCCAGAGCGCUGAGUCCCCCAGGGAGCCAUCCGCGGAAGCUGAGCCUGGAGCUGACCGCGACAAGGAGGAUGGAGAGGGUGAUCAGAAGGACGAAGAGGACAACAAGGAAGAGGAGGAGGAAGCGGAGGAGGAGAAGCCUACGACGCGAUCUUCAAGGCGGAAACCUCGAAAGUCUACCCCAAGUGCGGACAAGAAGGAUGGCGGUGACAAGAAAAAUGACAUCGAUAUCGAGGAGCAGGCUGCGACCCCGAAUUCUGAGCACGGGUCGGAAGCUCUCUCCGAUGUUGAGCUAUCCCCUCUCCCGGCAGACGAGUCUGCAACCGCAGACGCUCCGCCCUCUUCUCCCACCCCUGCUUCGAAGCGCGGUCGAAAGCGCAAAGGGGAGACCGUCCCGAAGGUUGGACGUCCGCCUAAGCGUGGCCGCAAGGGCUCAUCCGCCGUCGAUGGCGACGAUGCUGAGGGCGAAGAAAACGGCGAUGCAGAUGCGGAGGAGCCAGAGAAGGAGGUCAAGGAAGAAGUUCAAGAGGAGGCUGAAGAGGAGACUCCCCGAGGUCGCCGCGGCCGUCGACGAAGGGGCGAGUCCCCCGCCAAGGAAGCAAGUCCUCCCGCGAAACGAGGUGCGUCGGUGAGCUCUACGGCCUCAGGCACACCUCAGACCGAGGGCCGGAGCAGCAGACGGACCCGACAGCCUCGCGGCUCUAUGCGUGAUGACGUUGUCUCCAAGUCUGUCCGCGCCGCUUCCGAAGCUAUCAGCGUGAAGGAGGAAGAGGAGGAGAAGAAGGAUGAUCACUCCGAGGAGGAAGCCGAAGGCGAGAAGCGGUCUACGCGCAGCCGGCGCAAGGCGGAGGCUGCUGCCAGCGCCGCGUCAACCCCCGUCGAAAAGCGAACGAGUAAACGCACCCGCACCCCCCGGCCAGCCGCACGAGAGUCGGCCGGCGGUGAGGCUGACGACGAGGACGACUCUGGUCCCAGUGCAUCCGUCAGCACACCCGCCAGCUCCGUUGCUCCGCCCUCCACCAAGAGCCAGAAGACCAUGCAGAAGCUCCUCCUGCAGCUUCUGGACUCGAUUCAGCAGCACAAGUAUGGUCCUGUUUUCGCCAACCCCGUCCGUAAGGCGGCCGAUUAUUACGAGAUCAUCAAGCGUCCGAUGGAUCUGAAGACGCUGCGCGCGCGAAUUAAGGACGGGAGCGUCGGCAACAUCGAAGAGUUUGAGCGCGACGUCCGCCUGAUGUUCGCGAAUGCUACGAUAUAUAAUGGGCGAGGGAGCCAGGUCUCCGACAUGGCGAAGGAGAUGAUGGCCGCGAGCGAAGUGCACAUUGCGCAUUUCAAGAGCAUGCAGCAUCACCUCGGUCGAUGA